UUGGCUAGACCAAAUCAGUUCGUCGUUGCAUUAGGUGUGUCGAGUUCGUCGCUAGCAUUGCAGUCUUUCGUUCAACCAUGAUGCACCUUAGCGGCAUGCGACUGCUUCUGACGGUUCUGGUAUCGCUGGUCGCCGUACAAAAUGCAGCGGCUUUUACUGAAGCUCUAGAUGACAUUUGGUCCCUUUUGUUCGAUUCAUCAUCGAGUGAAAGCGAUUCUAUGGAGAUGAUCAAUUUGCAUACAAAAAAUGCAACAAUUAAAGUCGAUUGUGCCGUACCUUGCACGCUAAAUGUGGUUUGCAACAAUUGCAAUACCAUGACCUCCAAUAUGAAUCCGAGUGACGCAUCAACUUCAACUACUGUACCAAACGGAGGUGGAGGAACAGUGCCCACUAGUGCCAGUGUUACAACGAGUGCGCCAACCGCUACUACGACAACUGUUCCCUCCUCAUCCACUGUUGAUUCAAGCUCGCCUACUACGACCGACGCAUCGCCAUGAUUAUUGAUUAGACAAAACCUGUUAGUUUACACGUUCAAUAUGAUUUAAGGAAAAAUUGCUUAAGAUUUUUGGAUGAAUUCCGAUGCAAUGAAGCGUAAAUGGAUUCCGAUGCAAUGAAACGGCUAAAACAACAUUCAAUCGUUUAAUAAACUAUAAAAAAGAUAACUAGUUUGUUC